AUGAGCGCCCAGAACGAAGGGCCUCUCCCAGCCCAGACAUCAUCACCCAUUCGACUUAAUAGGAAGUCGGCUCCUGCUGAGGAUUGCCUCAAUGAGGCAAAAACACCCCUGGACGAGAUCGAGUCUCGCGUCGUUGCUCUGCAACGACAAAUCGCCAAUUUAAAUUCCGGCACGCUCCUACAGAGCAUCAAGGAGGCCACUGCCCGCCUCGCAACCUCCUGGGCCCUGGUCACCAAGCACCAGCGAUACGUGGACGGGUACCAGGAACUGGCGCUGCCCGAUGCGCCAACCUACCAUGUCCAAGCCCUGAAAACGGCUCAAAGUGAUCUUGAAAAAGCCUCACAGGAUGCUCAAGCUGCUGAUGGAGUGCUGGCGUCUGCUCAGAAGGAGCAGAGAGACUUUAAGCGUGUUGAGGAGAAUUUGGUGAUGUUGGGAGCUGAGAGAGCAACCCUGGACCAGUCUGUCCGUGACCUGACGUUGGACAAGGAGCGGUGCGACGUUUAUCUUGGGAUGGUGGAGUAUGGGCCUGAUGGUCUGGCCACUCUGCUGGAGAAGGAUGUUGGUGCUUGGAAGGGGAUGUUGGACCUAGUGUAG